UGCAGCCCGGUUGGGUGCAUGGUGGUGGGGCUGGGGCUGUGUCAGCUCCAUAGCUCUUCCCGAAUAAGCAGGCUUGUGAAGCUCAACUCUGUUUGCUGGAUCCCGCAAGGUGACGGCAGUAACAGCAGCUCAGCACUGAAUUUGGGGGCGACAUGGAGGGACCUAUCCCCAGCCAGGAAACCACGCUGAUGGACACGGAGCCCUCCCACACUGUCAAACUGCUGCACCUGGUUUUCCUCUCCACCUCCUGGGGAAUGCAGAUCUGGGUGACCUUUGUGGCUGCGUUCGUGAUGGGCAACCACCUCCCUCGCCACACUUACGGCUUCAUCCAGCGCGAGCUCUUCCCCUACUACUUCCACAUCGGCUCCACUUGUGCCUUCCUCAACCUGACUCUAUUUGCCAUGUACCACCCCAGCGAGCUGCUCAGCGAGGAACAAACUACCCAGAUCAUUGUCUUCUUCGUUUGCAUCGCUGCUUCCGUGCUGAACACGCAGUGGUUCGGGCAGGUCACCUCCGACAUCGUGGCAGACAUGCACCUCGUCGAGCGCAGCCACGGCCUUGGCCAGGAGGUUGGGCUCUUUACCAGCAAGUCCCGCAGGCAGCUGCGUGCCUCCAACCCCAGCUACGGGCAGCUGUCCCAGCAGUUCACCCUCUACCACGCUCUGUCCUCCCUCUGCAACCUCUGCUGCAUCGCAUGCAACGGCUUGAGCUUGUACUUCUUGGCUGCUCAUCUCUCUGCCCUGUGAGAGCAGGACACGGUGAGGCGAGCGCUGGCUGGCCAGAACCAACGCUCUGGGAAGAGGGAACUGUCCCGCUACCUUGUAAAGUAACCCUGAGCUUUGGAGAUUAAAUUUUGGCAUGUUCUGAUGGAGAUGCUUUUACUAUAUUUGUACAUGGUGCAGACGUUUAGGAAUAGCGAAAAGGAAAUGCGUCCUUCAGAGCUGGCUGAAGCCAGCCUCCACGCUCCAAGCAGGAGCGUUUACGGCUGAACAGCUUUUUAAUGCCCCGUUCUCUAGCUGUAUCUAAAACUGCAGUGUAUUUCUGCAAUCAGUGAGAGAUUGCCGAAGAGAAAGAAAUGAGAGAUUUAGAAUUACUUUUAAUUAAAUGCUGAAAGCUAAUACAGAACCUCAGAAGACCCUG